UGCACUUCCGUUGUCCAUAGCAGUAGAGCGAAGUUGUGACAGCUGAUUCUGCAGUCUGUUUGUGUCCACCACAAGCUAUUAAAUAUACUGUAAAGUUUUUGACAGCGGGGCAUUUUCUCCCGUGGGCUCCUACAGGAGGCGCAGACGGCGACUUGGACCGAGGAGCGCAGAGGAUUAUGGUGUAGCUCGGAGCCGCUAUCUGUGAGACAGCAGGGAUUUGAGCAGCAGUGCGGUGCAGUGUGGGGGGGCAGACCAAGGCAUAUCACAGCGGUGGAGCCAUGCUUACACUGGCCAGCAAGUUGAAGAAGGAUGAUGGCGGGAAGACAGGUCGUGCCUCUGGAGCCUCUGACUCCACCCACAGGAUCUCUAUCAGAGACAAACUCCUAACCAAAGAAGUUGCAGAACUUGAAGCCAAUCUCCCUAGUACAUGCAAAGCCAGUUUUCCAGAUGAGAACAAAUUGCAUCAUUUCCAGCUGGCAGUGGCUCCUGAUGAAGGUUACUACCAGAGUGGAAGAUUUCAGUUUGAAAUAGAUGUCCCUGAAGCCUAUAACAUGGUGCCUCCUAAAGUGAGAUGCUUGACCAGAAUAUGGCAUCCUAAUAUAGCGGAGACUGGAGAGAUCUGCCUUAGCUUGUUACGAGAACACUCUAUUGAUGGAACAGGCUGGGCUCCGACCAGAACGUUAAAGGAUGUCAUCUGGGGAUUGAACUCUUUGUUUACUGACCUGUUGAACUUUGAUGACCCCUUGAACAUUGAUGCAGCAGAACAUCAUCUGAGAGACAAGGAGGAUUUUCGGAAUAAAGUUCAAGAUUACAUCAGGCACUAUGCCAGAUGAUAGAAGCAUCGUUGCUGCAUCACCAGCUAUCUGCAGCACCCAGCACCACCCAACCAAACUGCUCGACCUUGCCUCUGCUCGUCCUAGCCAACUGCCCCCACCUGUGUGACUCCACAAUGCCCCCCUUUGACUUGUCACACUGCAUCACCACCUUAUCCCCUCCAUGUUCAGACAAUUGCAAUAAACUCCACAUUGCAGGAGCCAAAUUAAAAAAAAAAAAAAAAAAAAAAGUGUUUUGAGGAUGGACUGUAAAAGUUUGAGCUUUGCUUGACUGAGUGUUACAAUGGCCGCACUGCCCGUUCAUUGCGGCGAGGUGAUUGAAUGACGCUGCCUCUCUGAGUGAGUCAGAAAGGAACCAUGACAUUGAAUGGGAAGAGAUUCGCCUCAGUGAUGUACCGGCACGUAAAAAUUGAACAAGUAAUGUUUUUUUGUUUGUUUGUUUUUUUGUACACUUACCAACAUAAGAGAAAGAAUGAAUAUCUGUUACCAUGUACCUGUUCAGUGCGCUUCUAGUGCCUGCCAUGUUUGUGUUUCUAAGGAGAAUGUGCAGGUGGGUACACAUGCAUGUGCACACACACAGACCAACAGUAUUACAUCCUGCAGCGAAAAGUAAAAUUUGUAUUCACCUGUCUAUGAAACACAAACAAGCCACAAUGUAAAACCCUCCCAUGAGACAGCAUGCGAAUGACCAACACCACCUCAUCCUGUUGUCUCUACAUGUGCAGAUGCAGAAACCUCACAUGCACACCUCCACUGUGUUACAGCGCAGUUGGAUAACAUUUUUAAAAGACCAUUGCCAAAA